GCGUCUACGUUACGGGGUUACGUAGGCGGUGAGGUUCCAUGUGUGCAUGUGAAGUUGGUUCUGAGGGCAGACGGGAUCAGACUACAGCUCUCCACUCUCACGGACUGCACGACCUGCUGCCGGCCAAGUUAAACCCUGACUUAAGAGGUGCCUCAAACUAGCAGGACCAUGACGGCCAUCAAUGCACCCCGCGACAGAUACAAUGCAGUAUGGAUCAUUUUCUUCAUCCUGGGCCUGGGAACCCUCUUGCCAUGGAAUUUCUUCAUGACAGCGACGAUUUACUUCACUAGCAGGCUGAGGGACGCGCCCAUUGAGGCGACCAACAAUCACACAGUUAAUGGGACCUUGGAUGGUGGGGACAUCCGCAAUGUUCUGGAGUCGAAGUUCAACAACGUGAUGACGCUGUGCGCCAUGGUGCCUCUGCUCAUUUUCACCUGCCUCAACUCCUUCAUACACCAGAGGAUUCCUCAGAAGCUGCGGAUCUCAGGUAGCCUGACGGUCAUCCUGGUGGUUUUCCUGCUGACAGCAGUGCUGGUCAAGGUGGAUAUGGCCCCCCUGCCCUUCUUCUGUGUGACAAUGAUCAAAAUCAUCUGCAUCAACUCUUUUGGUGCAGUUUUCCAGGGCAGUCUGUUUGGGCUGGCAGGGAUGCUGCCUGCCUCCUACACCACUCCCAUCAUGAGUGGACAGGGGCUUGCUGGCACCUUUGCUGCUUUCUCCAUGAUCUGUGCUCUGGCCACUGGAUCAGCCCUGCAGGACAGUGCCUUUGGUUACUUCAUAACAGCCUGUGUUGUUAUUCUGCUGGCCAUUAUGUCGUACCUCACUCUGCCCAAGAUGAAAUUUUUCCAGUUCUACAUGGAGAGUAAUGGGUCCAGAACGUCCAGCGAUGAGGAGAACAAGAUGGACUUACUUAAAAAAGAAAGCGCAGCAGAGAAGCGGCCGGUGGUGAGUCUGACAGAAGAUGAGGUCAGCCCCGUCUCGUCUGUGUUUAGCAUCUUUAAACAGAUCUGGGUGAUGGCCCUGUCAGUGUGCUUCAUCUUCACCGUCACCAUCGGUACAUUCCCGGCCGUAACAGUCGAAGUCAAGUCAACGAUAGCAAACGGAGGCGUCUGGGAGAUCUACUUCAUCCCCGUGUCGUGUUUCCUCCUCUUCAACGUGAUGGACUGGGCUGGCAGGAGUCUGACGGCCGUCUGUAUGUGGCCGGGGAAAGACAGUAUGUGGCUGCCUGCCCUGGUCAUUCUGCGCAUCGUCUUCAUCCCUCUCUUCAUGUUGUGUAAUGUCCAGCCACGUCACUACCUUCCUGUGCUGUUUAACCACGACGCCUGGUACAUCAUCUUCAUGAUCCUCUUCUCCUUCUCCAACGGGUACCUGGCCAGCCUCUGCAUGUGCUUCGGACCCAAGAAGGUGGUGCAGCACAAUGCGGAGACGGCGGGAGCCAUCAUGGCCUUCUUCCUGUCCCUCGGCCUGGCGCUGGGUGCGGCGUUAUCAUUUGCCUUCCGGGCCAUGAUCUAAAAACUCCCUUAGAUCCACCAUCUAGACUAGAAACUAGAGAUCCCACCCACCAAACGUGACCUUUAAAGCUAACUUGACUUUUGGUAGAGUGUUGGGUUGUCUAGUUCCCUGGAUGUGAUACGAGUCCACAUGGUGGUGAAAUAUCCUCAUUAGUUGCUCUGUGCUCCUUUUGGGCUGCUAAUCCACAGUACCGUGUUUCCCUCUCUCCAUUCACUUCCAUAGUACCCAUUUUUUCAUGCAAUUACAACAGGCAGAUCUAUUUCAGUUCCAAUUCAAAUAGAAAAAUAACAAGAAAAGAUCCAUCCAAAGAUCCUCAGAAAAACCUGCACCAGUAUUUGUUGUUUUAUAUUGGCAGUAACUGCUUUGUUCGCAUUUGUUUACAUGCUCAAAGAGUUCUUUUGGGAGCUGUUUUUCCAUUAAAGUGAAUGGACAGAGACAGAUACAGUAUUGUGGAUCAGCACGGAGCAGCUGAAGGGAAUGUUUUGUCACCAUAUGGACUUGUAACACCCAGUGAACUAUACCAAAGUUUAAUUUAGCUUUAUUAAAGGAAAGCCCUGAACAAAUGGACGAGCAGAGGUCAUUUCCCCAGCAGCCUCCGAGUAAAAGUGGAGAACAAGAGCGAACUCACUGAUGGUUUUGUUGCUGUAAAUCGAGACCAGAGAAGCCAAGCGUAGUGUUCCAGAAAUGUGCAGCACAGACUGUUCUCACUCGGCCAUCCUGGCACCGGUAUAAGCUGAAAAAUGUUGAUAAAUGUUUCUGUUCAGAAAGCAGGAGAGCACAUGAACGCGUGCUCGCCUCCAUUUUAGGACAGCUGCUAAAUUGUUGUUUUCCCUGUUGAUGCCACUUACUGAUGUAUGUUCAAAACAGUUAUUCUUCUGAGAUAAGUUGACGAAAAAACACUCAAAUAAGUGAAUCAAAACCAAAGUAGGUAUGAACUCAAAUUAGAGUCCUUAGUAUUUUAAGCUUGUAGAAAACUGUCCAGGCAUUAUGAGCAAUUGCUAUUGAUAAUUCUAUAUACUGAAUGCAAAAAGGUACAAAUAACCCCACAAGGUACAAACCCCAUGAAAACUAGUUGUAGUUGUACAUAAUCUGAGCAAGUGGGAGAUAAUUGCAUGUGGAAAAAUUGAAUGUAGUCUAGAUUUUUUCACACUGGUAUUUUGUUUGAUCAUAUCUUUUGUACACAUUCACACUUACAUGUCCUGAAGCAAAUUUAUUACACAAUCACAAGUGCAGUGCUUAAAACACUACUGAACAUUUUUCCAUGAGCUUUAAAAAUACUUGGAGCUCUAAUCUGACUUCAGAAUAGGUUUUAAAACAGUCUGUACGUGGUAUGCACUCGUAAUUGUGGAAUAGCAUUUGUUAUGUAGAAUAGACUGUAGAUAGAUCUGUAGAGAGAUUGUGUGUGUGUGUGUGUGUGUGUGUGUUUGAUGUUUCCUAAAUGCCAUCAGACCAUCUGAACCAUGUCAUCCUCACGGGGCGAGGUCAGUCCAGGCCACCUAUGCAUACUGGAUAGUUUCCUGGAGCCAAAUUCAUUUCAAAACAGUUCUUAACACAGUUCUAUUGUUACUCACAUUAUGAGUUGUUGUUUUUUUAAUCACAUUCUUUAUGUUGAAUGGGGCUAUGGGGCUCAUGGAUUCAGAUUUGGGAUUUCCUGGGCUGGUCCACAAAAACUUUAAUUUUACUUUGUAUGAAACGACAGCAAUAUUAUGACCUUGACCUGCUGCACUUGUUCAGUGCAAUCGAACCAAAUAUGGAAAGUAAAAAUGGAAAAAUUAACUUUUUUAGAUAUGUCUGCUGUGCUCUGUCUCUUGUAUUCCUCCUUGUCACGUUCCAUCUUAACCUCGACUCGGUUCUCCUCUGUUCCCGAACGUCCCUGCACCGGAUAAACGAUUUAUCAAAGAAUGUAAGGAGGGCUGAAUCAAAGCGAUGGGGCUUCCAGCUCAAGCAGUGCCAGCUGUGUUGUCUUGGUGAGUGUUGUUGUUUGCUGUUCACUAUUUUUAGACGUUUUACCUGCCUGGGUGGAUGCCAAGUGUCCUGGUGCUUUUCACUUGCUUCAAACAACUUCAGAGUUAAGGUCACAUUUUCUGUCUAGAGAAUUGUACUGCAGCUCACGUGUGAAGUCUCUUCAUGUUGUAGUGUCUUCCUGCAAGAGAUUCUGUAUCAGUAUGUAUUAUUUCAACAAAUAAGAAAAAUGUAUGCAGCUAUUAAUGACAAAGUGUGCCAUUGAUUUAACUGAGCAGACGAGAGGAUUUAAAGGUGUCAAAAUCUCCCUUUCGUUUGAACUCUUGAAUCUGUGCCGUUUCUCAUCUCUUUUUUUGUAUGAGAGGUAGUUUUUAAGUUGUUUUAUCUGGUUUGGUGCAAGAGCUGCCAUUCAUCACUUGGCUUUCGGUUGUUUUUCUGAAUGCAUUUUUAUUUUUGGUGUUUUUUUUUUUUUUUUUUUUUGCAUUUGAAUGCUUUUUUUAAAGUCUCAAUUUGUUGUAAACAGGAAUAUUCACAAUACCAUCUGUAUAUGUCCUAACAGUCUUUUGUUUAUAAGCACAAUCAUGGUGUUUUUCCAUCCUGUAUAUAGUGUGGUAUUGAACUAUCACACAGAUAUCAAAAUGGAUCUUAAUGUAACCUCAAACAGUUGUGAUCUGAAAAUAAAAUGCUGUAUUUG